AUGCACUGCAAGGAAAAGAACACCGGUGCUGCGGCUGGUGGAGGUGAGGAAGCUGUGCAGGAGGGCUUGCACGAGCCGAAGCGAAAGGAAAAGCACACCGGUGCUGCGACCGGCCGAAGCGAAGAAGCUGCAGAAGGAGGGAUUGCGUGGGCAGAAGCGACAGGUGAGCGAAUCCAGCUCGAAACUUGGAUCGUGGCUCCGUUUGUGAUCAGCCGCCCAGACUUGCAUCUCGCAUCGCGGAGGCGAAACGACGCAACCAAAGUGGGAAACUGCACCUGCCUGACUGAGAAGCCCAAGGAGCCUGGACGGCGCACUUAUGAAGUCUUCUUGCACGACAGGCCGUUGGGAUGCGCACAGCGAAGAAUGGCGCAUCCGAACUGCGACCGGCCGAAGCGAAGAAGCUGCAGAAAGAGGGAUUGCGUAGCCAGAGGCGACAGGUGGGCGAAUCCAGCCGCAAGCUUGGAUAAUGGCUCCGUUUGUGAUCAGCCGUCCAGCCAUGCAGCUCGCAUCGCGGAGGUGUUGUGCAGCGGACCUUGUCAAGGCAAUGCGAACCCGCACAACAAAACCGUAAGGCGAAACGACGCAACCAAAGUGGGAAACUGCACCUGCCUGACUGAGAAGCCCAAGGAGCCUGGACGGCGCACUUAUGAAGUCUUCUUGCAAGACAGGCCAUGCGGAUGCGCACAGCGAAGCAUGGCGCAUCCGUACUGCGACCGGCCGAAGCGAAGAAGCUGCGAAGGGAGGGAAUGCGUGGGCAAAGGCGACAGGUGGGCGAAUCCAACCGCAAGCUUGGAUGAUGGCUUCGUUUGUGAUCAGCCGCCCAGCCAUGCAUCUCGCAUCGCGGACGUGCUUUGCAGCGGACCUUGUCAAGGCAAGGCGAACCCGCACAAGAAAACCGUAAGGCAAAACGAUGCAACCAAAGUGGGAAACUGCACCUGCCUGGCUGAGAAGCCCAAGGAGCCUGGACGGCGCACUUAUGAAGUCUUCUUGCAAGACAGGCCAUUGGGAUGCGCACAGCGAAGCAUGGCACAUCCGCACUGCGGCCGGCCGAAGCGAAGAAGCUGCAGAAGGAGGGAUUGCGUGGGCAAAGGCGACAGGUGGGCGAAUCCAGCCGCAAGCUUGGAUGAUGGCUCCGUUUGUGAUCAGACAGCCAUGCAGCCAUGCAUCUCGCAUCGCGGACAUGUUUUCAGCGGCCUUGUCAAGGCAAUGCGAACCAGCACAACAAAACCGUAA